AUGUGGCCACGUUCGUCUGGGACCAGGCCUUGGGCUGGUGCUUUUAUAGGGAAGGACCCAGGAGUUUUGGGUUGGUGGUGUCUGGAUGGGCUUCCCCAAGGCCUUGGUGAACCGUGGAGAGAGCUCUGGAGAAUGGGCUUGCAGCCCCGGGGCUCCAUGGCUUCCAUGCGCAGGACCGGCAGGGACUAUAGAAGAUUAAGGAAGAGGGGGAACACGGAUGGCUGGAGACAGAAUCUGGAGCCUUCAAAUCAUGUGGAGAUGUUGCGGCCUUCAGGUUCCACUGGGCUCAUUCCCCCAUCUCACUUCCAAGCUCGGUCCCUUCCAACUCUGCCAAGAAUGGCUCCCAGCUGGGUCUCAAACGUUUCUCUGGUCCAAUCCCCAGUCCAUCAGGAUGUCUCAGAGAGUCGGCUAGACAACUUGAGACCUCAAGUGGCCACUUGGGAACGGGAUGCUUCUAGACCUCAAGUGGCCACUUGGGAACGGGAUGCUUCUGGUGAUGGGCAGGAGCCAGGGCGAAGAGUCAGGUCCUUGGAGGGGUCUCAGGCUCUGACCCAGCAGGCUGAGCUGAUCUCUCGGCAGCUGCAAGAGCUACGGCGGUAUGAGGAGGAGGUCUGGCUCUUGCGGGAGACCUCACUGCAACAGAAAAUAAGGCUGGAGUCUCAGGCCAUGGAGCUGGAGGCUCUGGCGCGGGCGGAAAAGGCUGGCCAAGCUGAGGCCGAGGGCCUUCGGGCCGCCCUAGCUGGAGCUGAGGUCAUCCGGAAGAACCUGGAAGAGGGGAGCCAGCGGGAGCUGGAAGAAGUUCAGAGGCUGCACCAAGAACAGCUCUCUUGCUUAACGGCAGCUCACCAGGAGGCUCUUUCUAGUUUGACCAGCAAGGCUGAGGGUUUGGAGAAGUCUUUGAAUAGCCUGGAAACCAGGCGGGCAGAGGAAGCCAAAGAGCUGGCCAUGUCCCAGAAGGAGGCUGAGCUGCUGCGGAAGCAGCUGAGCAAGACUAAAGAAGACUUGGAGGCGCAGGUGACCCUGGUUGAGAAUCUAAGGACAUAUGUCGGGGAGCAAGUCCCUUCAGAGAUCCGCAGCCAGGCUUGGGAACUGGAGCGUCAGGAGCUUCUGGAAACCGUCCAGUGCUUGCAGGAGGACCGGGACGCCCUGCACACCACGGCUGAGCUGCUGCAGGUGCGCGUGCAGAGCCUUACCUACAUCCUCACCCUCCAGGAGGAGGAGCUGACCAGGAAGAUUCAGCCUUCCAAUUCCCUGGAGCCCGAGCUCACCAAGAAGUUCCAGUCCUUGCUGACCUGUUGGCGGGAGAAGGUGUUUGCCCUCAUGGUGCAGCUGAAGUCCCAGGAGCUGGGCCACAGAGAGUAUGCGGAGCAGCUGAAGGGACAGGUGGCCGAGCUCAAAUGUAAAGUUGCAGAGCAGAGCCAGGAGCAGGCCAUCCUGCAGCGCUCCCUGCAGGACAAGGCUGCGGAGGUGGAGGUGGAGCGAGUUGGCGCCAAGGCCCUGCAGGGGGAGCUGAGCCGUGCUGUGGAGGCCCGGCGCCGGCAGCAGCAGCAGAUGGCCGUGGCUGAGGAGCAGAUUAAACUGGUGAUCAAUAUUGUGUGCAGCUCUCAGAUCUGGUUCCAGAACACCAUGGCCGGGGUGGAACAGGCUGUCGCCCGGCUACCCAGCCUCAACAACCGACUCAACUAUGCUGCUCGCAAGGUCCACACUAUUCAGGGCUUGGUGGCUCGGAAAUUGGCCCUUGCUCAGCUGCGCCAGGAGAGCUGCCCCCCAUCCCUACCCCCACCUCUACCCCCACCAGCCCCAGAUGUGAACCUUGAGUUGCAGCAGCUGCGGGAAGAGCGAGACCGUCUGGAUGCAGAACUGCAGCUUAGUGCCCACCUCAUCCAACAGGAGGUGGGCCGGGCUCGGGAGCAAGGGGAGGCAGAACGGCAGCAGCUCAGCAAGGUUGCUCAGCAGCUGGAGAAGGAACUACAGCAAACCCAGGAAUCCCUGGCCAGCGUGGGGCUGCAGCUGGAGGUGGCUCGCCAAGGCCAGCAGGAGAGCACAGAAGAGGCUGCCAGCCUCCGGCGAGAGCUGACCCAGCAGCAGGAGAUCUACGGGCAAGCUCUGCAAGAGAAGGUGGCCGAGGUGGAAACUCGGCUGCGGGAACAGCUGUCAGAAAUGGAGAGGAGACUGAAUGAAGCGCGGAAGGAGCAUGCCAAGGCUGUGGUCUCCCUGCACCAGAUGCAGCACAAAGCUGCCCGAGAAAAAGAACGGAACCAGGAGCUCAGGCAGCUGCAAGAUGAAGCCCGCAGGGAGGAGGGGCUGCGGCUGACUAGGCGGCUUCAGGAGCUGGAGAGAGAUAAGAACCUCAUGCUGGCCACCUUGCGGCAGGAGGGUCUCCUCUCCCGUCACAAGCAGCAGCGGCUCUCGGCAGUCCUUCCUUCUUUACUGGAUGAGGAGAAGGCUGUGGAGUCCAUUCCCAGGCCUCCAGGAUCUUCAGCACCGUCAGCUCCCCUGGCAUCUACAUCUCCAGCAGUGGCACCCUCCUCCAGGGACCCCAUAAAAGGGUCCCUCUCUGCUCUGCUUGAUGACCUGCAGGGCCUGACUGAGACCAUUGCCAAAGAGGAAGGUCUGUGUCAAGGAGACAGCCAGAACUCUCCUGCUGCAGUCCACUGCUGA